AUGCUUUGAGAUGAGUUGCAUUAUUAUUCAGAUCGGAAGUUGUUUAUUCUUCCGUGACGGAGAGCGCGGACAACAGUAGACAAUCAUAGACUCUAAAUAUGGACAUUAGAUAAAGCUAUUUCCUGGCGUAGAUGACAGGACUAAUAAUACUAUAAAAACUGAUGCACAACUAGUGUUUGGACCUUGAAGAGGCGCUUUCCCCCGUCACAAACACACGCGCGCGCACAUAGAAACACAAACAUACAUACAAAGCGCCAGUUCAGCUUUGAAGCUGUGUACCUCUGGCUUCAGUUGUUCUGGCUUCUUAGAAUUCCUAACAGAGCACACCAAAAAAAUCUCUUUUUGUUCCCCUUAAAAUUAAAAUCUGUUUGAAUCCUGUCUACAGAAACACCCCAGUCUUCGACCAUGGCAUUACUGCUUGUGUCCUGCCUGGUGCUGGCAGCACUCCCGGCUGUGGUUCGAGGGGUACAGAGUUCGAACUUCAGUGUAGAGCACAGCUGGCCUGAUGGCAUGACUGCCGAGGUGUGCAUUUUCCACGACCUUGACAUUACCUGCGGCUGGCAAUUGGUGGUUGACUUCAAUCUGCCAAUCAAAUCAUUUGAGAUCUGGACUGUGGACAUCGUGAACACAAUUCGGACCCCCACAGAGGUCAGGUUCGCCUUGAGGAACAAAGACUGGAGCAAGAGACAGAAGAAGAAUCCGCAUUGUCAUGAAUUCCUGAUUCGUUACUGGAGCUACAGCAAACCUACCUAUAUUGGGGGACACUACACAAGGACAUGUCACAGAGGGAAAGACAACUUUGAACCCAACCAAGGUGGCACCAUGCCCCCACCCUCUACCACCAACUCUCCCACCAACCCUCCAACCAACCCUCCCACAAACCCUCCCACAAACCCUCCCACCAAACCUCCCACCAACCCUCCCACCAACCCUCCCACCAACCCUCCAACCAACCCUCCAACCAACCCUCCAACCAACCCUCCUACCAACCCUCCAACCAACCCUCCAACCAACCCUCCAACCAACCCUCCCACAAACCCUCCCACAAGCCCUCCCACCAACCCACCCACCACCAACGGCCCAGCAACCACAGAACAGCCGACCACACGACCCCCUACCAGUUUGUACGACUACAGAGACUCCCUGGCCAAGUCCAUGUUGUUCUAUUUUGUCCAGCGUUCAGGACCCAUCGAUGACGACAUCAUUCCCUGGCGGAAGGCUGACUCGGCCACCAACGACGGAAGUGACGUUGGGAAGGAUCUGGUCGGGGGCUGGUAUGAUGCCGGAGACCACGUCAAGUUUGGCUUCCCAAUGGCCGCCUCUGCCACCACUCUGCUCUGGGGGUUCUUGCAGUGGAGAACAUCCUACGAUGCGAUGGACAAGACAGAGAUGAUGCUGGAGCUGGUCAAACAUCCCUUGGACUACUUCCUCAAGUGUUGGGACAACGACAAGCAGGAGUUCUAUGGGCAGGUAGGAGACGGCCACAUUGACCAUUCCACCUGGGGCCGACCAGAAGACAUGCAGAUGAGCAGACCGUCCUUCAAACUGGACAGAAACAACGGAGGCAGCGACCUGGCCGGAGAGACAGCGGCCGCCCUUGCAGCCGGAUCGCUGGCGUUCAAAUCUACCGACCCAGCCUACGCCUCAGAGCUCCUCACAGCGGCCACACAACUGUAUAAGUUCGCCGACAAAUACAGGCGUGAGUACCACCUCACCAUCACCAACGCCGUGGACUUCUACAAGUGCUGAUGCACGAGCUGUCUAGCGGGGCUGAGAAAAGUGAGUACCGAGGAAAGAUCGAGAACUUCAUGAGCAACUGGUUGGGGUUCAAGAACGGCGUGUCGAGGACACCGUGUGGGCUGGCCUGGCUGAGAGAGUGGGGAGCUCUCAGAUAUGCAGGACCUGCCCACUUUCCCCCGCCACGUGCGAUUGGUCCACGUUCAAUGACCCCGCCCCCAACGCCCACGAACUGACAGGUGCUCUAGUGGGCGGGCCCGGCAAGAACGACGACUACGUUGACAAGAGAGGCGACUAUAUCAAGAAUGAGGUCACCACUGACUACAACGCCGGGUUCCAGAGUGCUCUGGCGGGUCUGAUCAGUCUAGACAUGAGAGGAAAACUGCCAUAGAUGUCGGGGAUAACCGGAAAUGCAUCAUUGUGUGUCGCGAGAAUUCCUUGACGUCACCAAGUGGGCAUGGGAUUUACAUUGACGACUUUCAACUUUCAGAACAGCUGCUGUAAUGCUUGUUUCCAGUCACGACAUUAUGAUUUUCAAAAUAGAAAAAAAGCAAAAAAAAAAAAAAAAA